CUGUAGAUUUGUUCUUUUGUAAUUUGAGUAGCUUAAGAUUUUACAGAACAGUAGGUUAAGUCAUUUGGCAAUUUUAAGUUAUUUUAGAACAAUUUUGUCUUAAAAUUGAUUCCUGUGUGCCUGUCCGUUAAAUGAUGUAAUAAACCGUUCGGAUAGUGUAUAUACUAGUAACUAAAUAAAUAAAUAAACCCCAAACUGACGACCGAGCAUCUGUCCUUUUUUAAUGUGCCAGUCACGUCAACUUCGCUCAUUGUCCCAAAAAUGCUAGACGCUCUCUGAGAACGCGAAAAUCCACCCCGAACUGUUGUCCCACAAGAUACCAGGUCACUGUAAUGCAAUCUUCGACUUUUAAUGUUGCAUAUGCGUUGUUCUUGGACCUGAAAUGCUAGGAAUAUUACUUCGACGCCUAAAGGGAACCAUGUUGUUUAUUUUGUGAGGAAGUAAUAUAAGACGCAACAGUUUGGCCUUGAGAUAGCAAAGCAAAACGUCUACGCAUUUGAAAAACCUGAAAAUAAAAGACUUAUGGACCAUCAGUUGGUUUGGAGAAUAUCAUUUAUAUCUUUCCUUCAAUGAUACUCAACAAAACUCCACAGAGGAACUAGAAAGACAACGUACCUAUCUAUGUAAGUAUAGAAAUUGUAAUGCUUUUGUUUAAUCUAUGAGGUAUGAACACUCAUAAAUUGAAAAGCACUUAGGGUCAGCAGGUAGGUAAGUUCUCUUUAUUUGAGUAUGUGCAUUGAACUGCCCUGAUUUUGUUGUUGAAAUAAACUAAUAAC